UUUCAGCCAUGGAUGAUUCAGCUUCAAACUACUCAGUUCCUUUGUUAACAAACAGAAAUGAAAAUUCUGAUCCAGUAUCCUUCGGUCGAAAAGUUUGGGAAGAAUCUAAGAUGGUGUGGUACAUAGCAGGACCGUGCAUAUUAAGUGCAAUAUUUCAAUUCUCUCUUGCUUUCACCACUCAAACAUGGGUUGGUCAUGUUGGUACACUUGAACUUGCUGCUUUUGGUCUUCAAAACUUGGUCAUUUCUGGGCUCACCUAUGGGAUCAUGUUGGGUAUGGGAAGUGCAUUAGAAAUAUUAUGUGGACAAGCCUAUGGAGCAGGAAAACUAACAAUUCUAGGGAUAUACUUACAGAGAUCAUGGGUCAUUCUGCUCGGAACAGCAUUACCAUUAACACUAAUCUCAGUAUUUGCAACACCAAUUCUACUGGUUUUAGGCCAAAAACAGGAGAUUGCAGAAUUAGCCGGUACAUAUUCUAUAUGGAUGAUACCACAAUUAUACAUGUAUGCAUUGAAUUUUCCUAUGCAGAGAUUUUUACAAGCCCAGAGUAAAGUAAUGCCAUUAGCUUGGAUAUCAUUUGGAGUUUUCGUAAUUCAUGUUCCAUUAAGUUGGUUUUGUGUUAUGAAAUGGGGUUUGGUUGGAGCAGCAGCUUCUUUGAAUUUUUCAUGGGUCUUGGUUGUCAUUCUUCAAUUUGUUUAUAUUGUCUCCGGAAGUUGUAAGGACUCUUGGACUGGUUUUUCAUGGUGGCUUUUACUGAGUUACUUGAUUUUCUCUGGUUAUCUCUGGCCUCAGCUGUCAUGCUCUGCUUGGAGUAUUGGGCAUAUAUGCUUUUGAUCGUAUUUGCCGGAGUACUUAAAAAUGCUGAAGUUAAAGUUGAUGUUGCUGCUAUCUGGUAUGUACUCUAAUGGUUGAUACAAAUAACAAUUCUCAUUUUUCAGAAUUCUCUAAUGGUUGAUACAAAUAACAAUUCUCAUUUAUCUGCUAUCUGGUAUGUACUCUUUGCACAAAAGCAAUUCUCAUUUUUCAGAACUUUAUUAUUUUAUUUUAUUAAGGAUAUCAAUGUAUUGAAUGUCUUCUUUUUUCUACUUUUGUAGUAUGAAUGUUGAAGGAUGGAUAUACAUGGUACCACUUGGGUACAUUGCUGCUGUCAGUGUAAGGGUCUCUAAUGAAUUGGGAGACGGAAAUGCAGCUGCUGCAAAAUUUUCUGUUUGGGUUACAGUCUCAAUUGCUCUAGUCACACAGACUGCUUUUGCUAUCCUAAUCUUGAUAACAAGAAAAGAUUUCCCAAAACUCUUUACAGAUGACAUGAUUGUUAUGAAAGAAGUUAGUAAUGUAGCGGUGUAUUUAUGUAUAUCAAUCAUCCUCUGUGCCGUUCAAACCGUUUUAACAGGUAUGGCUAUUGGAGUUGGUUGGCAGGCUAGUAUAGCCUAUGUUAAUAUCACAACCUACUAUCUCAUUGCGCUGCCCAUAGCUAUUUUUAUGGGAUUCAAAUUAGAUUGGGGUCUAGAGGGACUUUGGAUUGGAACACAAAUUGGGAUAGGUCUUCAGACAAUCGUUAUCAUAGUUAUGUGUUGUCGUGCGGACCGGGACAAAGAGGUGCAAUUAUCCAAAGAUAGAGUUUCAGAGGAUGUUGGUUCACGGGAGGAACAAAAGUUGAUUCACUAAAUCAACUAUAAGUUUUUUUUUUAAAUAUUUGUUCUUAACUUUUCAUUCUCAGAUCAUGUUGUAGAGCAA